CAGCGCAUCAGCUGUCCUGCUCGGACACGCACCACGCCCUCGUGCUCGGGCCGGCGGAGAUCGCCGUCGUCGACGACCUCGUCCGCCGCGGGUCGCACGUCGACGACGGCGUCGCGUACUGCGGCCCGCUCGUCAUGCGCCGCAUCGCCCGCGCCGUGCGGCCCGGGGCGGACGUGCCCUGCGCGGCCCAGGUCCGCAUCGUGCCCUUCAAGGGCAUGCUCGUCGUCGACCCGACGAUCGCGGGCGUCAAGAUCCCGGUCGGCAACCUCAAGUUCGACGCGGACCAGGCCGGCGACGCCGCCUGGCGCGUCGUCGACGUCUGCCACUUCGCCGAGAUCCGCCCGGGCCCGCAGGCCCUGAGCGCCGCCAACCUGCGCAACGUCGUCGCGCGGGGCGUGCCCGUCGAGCUCCUCCGCGAGCGCCAGCGCGGCUUCGUCGAGGCGCGCGCGGCGGCCGUCUCCGGGGCCGCGCGCGGCGGCGACGGCGAGGCCUCGGCGACGGCGCGGCUCGAUCGGAAGCUCGUGCGCCAGUACGAGCGCGCCUGCGCCGCCGCGCGCGCGGCCGGGGCCCCGGCGGGCGCCGCGCCGCUCGGCGACGAGGAGCGGCUCGGGGCCAUGAUCCGCGCGGGCGUCGACCCGCGCGAGCCCAUGCGCCAGGAGCUCGGCGUCCGGGUCCUCGAGCGCGACCUGCGGGCCGCCUGCGGCCGCGUCUCCGGGGGCGCCAAAAAGCCCGCGUUCCGCCUCUUCCUCGACGACUCGCUGCGCGCGCGGCUCGUGCCCGACCGCGCGGGCGUCCUCGGCGACGGCGAGUGCUACCUGUCCGUCGACGGCGUGCCCCGGGAGGGCUACGUCCUGGUGAUGCGGGACCCGUCCUACUUCUCGGCCUGCGUGCGGGUCCUGCGCUGCGUCGGCGCCGCGCCGCGGCUCCAGCACCUCGACGGCGUCCUCGUGCUCGCGGCGGCGCGCGCGGACGUCUCGGGCUCCGAGGCCGAGCGCAUGUCCGGCGGGGACUACGACGGCGACGAGGCCCUCGUCGUCUACGACGAAGCCAUCGUCGACGCCGUCCGCGACCGCGACGCCGCGAUCGCCGCGGCGGGAAGAGCGGGCGCGGCGCCGGCCCCGGACGGCGCGCCGCGGUCCUGCCUCGAGGACCCGCUCGCGGACGGCUGGAGCCACGACCCGGCCAAGGCGCGCGCCUCGAAGUCCGUCGUCGGCGUCCUCUUCGACGACCUCCGCAGGCUCGUCCCGGGCCUCGUCGAGCGCGUCCGUAGGGAGCUGCCCGAGCCGGCGCGCGACCCGGCCCUCGUCCUCCUCGACGGGCCCAAGGACCUCGUCGACCUCGCGAGAGAGACGGAGAAGCGCUGGAACAACGGCACUCGGGACGCGCUCAAGAGCGCGGAGCAGCGCCGCCUCGAGGCCACGGAGGCCGCGAAGAAGGACGCCGCGCUCGCCGACGGCCUCGACGCCGCGCUCAAGCUCGUCGACGACGACCUCCGCGCGGAGACGCGGCGCCUCCGCCGGGAGGCGCGCGUCGCCCUCGGCCUCGAGCAGCCCGAGGUCGCCGUCUUCGACGCCCUCCACGCCCUUCGCGCCGCCCGGUGCGCCUACACCUGCGUCGACUGGUUCUUCCAGCGCGAGGCCGACACGACGUGGCGCGCGAAGCACUUCGUCUGGGAGGUCGCCGGCGACUUCCUCCUCGACUACAAGCUCACCAUCAAGAACCGCUACGGCGUCUACGUGCAGAGCGACUCGCGCGCGCCGAGCGACGUCGCGCCGGCGAAGCGCAACGAGAGCUGGUGGUGGGCGUCGGCCGCGCUGACGGCGCGCCAGGCGGCGCGCCACGGCGACCGCUACGUGCACUACCGGGUGCCGCCGACGGGCUGCGUCGCGGCCGACGGCCUCACGGAGCUCACCGCGCCCUGGUGCAAGGUCAAGGCGAUGCUCCAGGCGAUGGACGACUUCCCCGACGCGGCCGUCUUCCUCUACCUGGACAGCGACGCGGCGGUGUCGCCGGCCUACGCGAACCGGUCGCUCGUGGCGCUCGGCGACUUCGUGGCGGCCAGCGUGGCGGCCCGGACGCCGGGCUUCGGCGACGAGUCGCGGCCCGUGGCGUUAAGCCGCGACGGCCACGGCCACUGGUGCGUGACGCUCUGGAAGCGGCGGAAGCUCCUCCCGCACCACUGGGACGCGUGCCUCAACGCGGGCGUGAUCAUCUGGCGCCGCGACGUCCUCGGCCGCGCGCGGGACUUCUUCGAGCGGUGGUGGGCGCUCGCGGCGACCUGCGCGGCGACGUGCUGCGACCACUUCCCCGACGCGCACCGCGUCUGGCCCUGGGAGCAGACGGGGCUGCAGUACGUCGCCGCGGACGGCAAGGACGUCGCCGCGGCCGUGCCCGUCUACGAGCCCGCCUACCCCGCGGCGCGGCACCUCGUCUGGCCGCCGAAGAUCCGGUACAAGGCGUGCCCCGUGCCCUGGUGCCUGUCACAUGUACCCGGCGCCUGCUGCGUCGUCGACCACCACUGCGCGGGCCGGCGGGACAAGUUCGCGCUCGCGGCGCGCGCGCUCCGGGAACGCGCCCGCGCCGCGCCGGCGAGCGCGGCCCUGCGCCUCGUCGACCGGCGCCACUCGGUCCUCGACGACCACGGCCUGGAGAUCGCGCUGUCCGCGACGCGGUACGCGGAGCUCGCGAUCAACAACGGCCGCCGCGCCGACGCGCUCGCGGAGCUGCGCGGCGCCGAGGCCUACCUCGCGUCGACGACCUCCAACGGCUUCCAGGCGUCCGUGAACGUGCGCCUCAAGGCCGAGCACAUGGUCAAGAUGGCCAGGUUCGUCGCGAACGCGAUCCCCGACUUCCCGCCGCUGAACGUGUCCCACGUGUCGCCGAAGCGCCUCCGGGACACGGUGGACUCGCUGCGCCAGGGGAACCAGGAGCUCGGCCACGUCCACGUCUGGUCCCACGCGACGCUCGUGGAUUAUCUUCUAGCGGCGGAGAAGGCCGUGCCCGACGACGCGCACUUCGUGGCUCUGGCGGCCGAGGUCUGCGGCAUGCCCUACGGCCCGGCGCAGCCCCUCGACGACGCGCCGCACACGGAGUACCGCAUCGUCCUCCAGCGCGCGAUCCCGCGGCGCGAGGGCCCGCGGAGCGAGCCCGACGGAUCCCGGGGGCCGCACGUCGACCUCGGCAAGCGGUGGAUCGUCAUGGCGGCGCUGUCGCGGCGCUACCAGGCGGGCCACGCGCGGGCCUGGCCCGUGCUCCUCCCCGCGCGGGACCACGCGGGCGGGAGCCCCGGGAGCCGCUUCCCGCCCGCGGACCUGGCGGACCUCUUCCCGAAGAAGCGCGCGGACGGGCGGCCCGCGCGCUGGGCGGACCCGCCGCCGCGGGGCCGCCAGCGCGGGCCCCUCGCGGGCAUCCCGAACCCGAUCCUCCCCGGCGGCGGGCUCCACCCGGCCUACGCGAAGCUCGACAUCUCGCCGGUGGAGAUGGAGCCCCCGCACGUGCUCUUCCUCAUGGUCGACUCCAUGGACGGGCGCGUCGUCGACCCGACGUCGCCCGUGUCGUCGCGCGUCGCGCUGCCGUUCCUGGAGUCGCUGGCGAAGGAGGGCAUCAACUUCGCGCGGACGUACACGCCGGCGCCGCAGUGCGUGCCCGGCCGCGCGGCCAUGCUCACGGGCCUGCGCACGGACCAGUGCCGCGCCUUCGACAACGGCAACGGCAUCGCCGCGGAGCCCUCGGGCGCCGUGGACGCGACGUGCGCGUCGCUCUACGAUGAAAAGACGUGCGGAGCCUGGGCCGCGGAUCAGAAGCACAACGGGUCGCUCUUCGACGGCGUCGCGGCCGUCGCGCCGGCCUACGAUCUCGCGGUCAUCGGCAAGAUCGACAUGGGCGCGAACGCCAUGCAGCGCCACGGCAACACGCCGAACGUGACCUGGGGCACGGGCUUCCACAGCGGGCCCUCGCUGCCGAUCGUCACCCGCGCCGCGGACGUCCGCAAGCCGACGAAGCCGAACCCCAUGGCCAUCACGAACGACGACAACGACCACGUGCACCCCGAGGACUGGGUCGCCAUCGACAACUGCGACGCGUGGCUGCGGAAUCGGGAUUCGGACGCGCCCUUCUUCCUCCACUGCUCGCUCAACAUCCCGCACCCGUCCUUCGAGACGAACGCGACGUGGCUCAAGGCCGUCAACUGGACCGGCGCGGGCAAGGGCGACUGGAUCGACGUCGACGACAUGCACCCCUACGACGCCUACGAGAGCUCGUCCAAGGCCGUCGCGGGCCGCUUCUCCGACGACGACGUCGCCAAGGUGCAGCGGACGUACUACGCCAUGUGCGCCGAGGCCGACUUCUUGCUGGGCCGCGUCGGCGACGUCGCCAAGGCUCGGGGCUUCUGGGACGACGCGCUCGUCGUCUUCACGAGCGACCACGGCGAGAUGAACAUGGAGCACCGCCAGGUCUGGAAGAAUUCCAUGUACGAGGCGUCGGCGCGCGUGCCGCUGAUUUUAGGCGGCGGCGCGCUGCCGGCGGGGCUGAAGCGCGGGUCCGUGGAGACGGGGCUGGCGACGCUCCUGGACAUCUUUCCGACGAUGAUGGACUUCCUCGGCGCGCCGAAUCCCCAGAAGCCGCUGCCGGGC